UCCAACGUGGAUCGACAACGGCCUAUGUGUGACAGGGAACCAUGCCUUAUCAAAGGCCGGGUCACGUUCCGAUCCCCUCGCCGACUCGGAGAAAGUGCGGGGUCAGUCGUCCGAAUGGGCCGUCUCCGACCACCGACAACGAUGCCACCUCGCCUGCCACGGAGAACAUGAUCAUCAUAGCUUGCUUCCACUGCGACAGAUGAGACGACCGAUCCCUCAGUGAAAGCGAUGUCGCAGCAGUCAGACGCCCACCUGGAGAGCCUGCCAACGGAGGUCGUGCUCCAGAUACUCACCCAAAUCGGCGACGUUCAUUGUCUCUGGAACCUGCUCAUCUCGUCGCCCGUUGCGAGCCGGGUCUUCAACCAAUACAGUGACGACAUCUUUUGGCCUUCCGUCACCGACGGCAUCACACCAUCACAGACUCAGGAUGCCAUACGAUGCAUAGUCUCCCUCCGCGCCGGCGCAUUCCGGAGCACGCCUCUAGACCAGCUCGUUGGCAAGAUCAGAGAUCGUGAAGCCGGUAUUGUGCUUGGCCAGAGCCUGGAUCUGGGCUACAGCAUUUCGACCAUGGACACCACGGCAAAACCCUCGUUGCACGUGAUGCGUUCCGUGCUAGCGGUCGCCAGCCAGGUACACGCCCUGAGCCGACUCUGUAUCGGCCAUUAUCUCGCGAAGCUGGUGGCAGCGACGACAGACGGCCGGCUGGACGCUGCACCCGAGUGGCUGGACGACUUUCGGCCCUCUUGGAUAGAGGAACAGCGCAUCACUCGUGCUUUCUGGCGUGUCCAACUCGUUUUGGAGCUGAAAAGUGCGGCGCGCACGUCGCUAGUACAGUCUCCGGUUGAUAGGGACGGGGCUCCAGAGGAACUUGACAUUGAGUCGUUCUACGACAGUGAUACUAGUAACCUCAAGGUUGCCUAUCACGAGGUCAUGACGGCAAUGGAGUUCCUGAAGGGCCUGGGGUUUUGCGGAGACCGUGAUCCCACUCGCCCCAUUGGCCGCCUGCCAUUGCCCACCCAUUCUCAAACGGACAUAUCGCCGUCAAUGGACAGGAUGCCAGCCAACUCUGUCACCCGGAGGUCUUCUUUGGUACUGCCAGCAGAUGGACUUUGGAUUGUGGACAGCAUGGCAAGGAACGCACACUCGCCCAUCAAGUAUGCUGGUUUCCGACCGUAUAGAAAUAUGGGGUUCGCGAUUUGGGAUAGAGAGCGACUCGCUCGGAUGGGCUUGGCCAGUCCUCCGGGUAAUGGCCGCGUCACGGGCCUGGGAUCAUAUUUUCCAUGCUGGCUGAGUCUUCUCAACCCGCAAGAGAUGGCUCAAGCCGAGGGGAAAAUGAAGGAGGCAGAAUGUCGAGGAGGGCGGCUGGAUCCGUUACAACCGAUGAUCCACGACAAUGCGUCCUAGUUGCCCUUCAUGAUCUGUACUUGCUCGCCCGCCUAGUUGAAGCAGUCUGUAUCAAACCGGUCUACCCACAAAGAAGCAAAACGUUAUCAUUCUUUCUCUUCAGGAAAGGGCA